AUGUCUAUAUUUACCACUAAUAUUAUCUAUCUAUCUAUCUAUCUAUCUAUCUAUCUAUCUAUCUAUCUAUCUAUCUCUCUCUCCCUCUCUCUCUCUCUCUCUCUCUAUAUAUAUAUAUAUAUAUACUUCUUCUCUCGCUUUUCCUAUUUCAACGAAAGGUUGGUAAAAUCUUAUUCUGUUCACAUCUAUCUAUCUAUCUAUCUAUCUAUCUAUCUAUCUAUCUAUCUAUCUCAGACUGUUCAUAUCUAUCUAUCUAUCUAUCUAUCUAUCUAUCUCAGUCCGUUCAUUAUCUAUCUAUCUAUCUAUGAAAGAUUUUUUUCGCUUCAAAUUUCGUACCCUGGUCAAAGAUCAUCCGGACUUAUCACUGGUCUGGCAUUUUAUGACUCUGAUCAUUACAUCUAUGUUCAAGUUUACAACAGCGCCGGUGUUGGUCCUCCAAGCGGACAGAUUACCGUCACAACUCGAGGAGAAGUGGCUGAAUGUAACAAAACAAAGAAAAUACGAUUUCCAAUUUUUAAAAUUCUGUUCAUAUCUAUCUAUCUAUCUAUCUAUCUAUCUCUCUAUCUCUCUCUCUAUCUAUCUCAGUCUGUUCAUAUCUAUCUAUCUAUCUAUCUAUCUAUCUAUCUAUCUAUCUAUCUCAGUUUGUUCAUAUCUAUCUAUCUAUCUAUCUAUCUAUCUAUCUAUCUAUCUAUCUAUCUCAGUCUGUUCAUAUCUAUCUAUCUAUCUAUCUAUCUAUCUAUCUCAGUUUGUUCAUAUCUAUCUAUCUCUCUCUCUCUCUCUCUAUCUAUCUAUCUAUCUCAGUCUGUUCAUAUCUAUCUAUCUAUCUAUCUAUCUAUCUAUCUCUCUCUCUCUCUCUCUAUCUAUCUAUCUAUCUAUCUAUCUCAGUCUGUUCAUAUCUUCAUCUAUCUAUCUAUCUAUCUAUCUAUCUAUCUAUCUAUCUAUCUCUCUCUCUCUCUCUCUCUCUCUCAUCUAUCUAUCUAUCUAUCUCAGUCUGUUCAUAUCUAUCUAUCUAUCUAUCUAUCUCAGUUUGUUCAUAUCUAUCUCUCUCUCUCUCUCUCUCUAUCUAUCUAUCUAUCUAUCUAUCUCAGUCUGUUCAUAUCUAUCUAUCUAUCUAUCUAUCUAUCUAUCUAUCUAUCUAUCUAUCUCUCUCUCUCUCUCUCUCUCUCUAUCUAUCUAUCUAUCUAUCUCAGUCUGUUCAUAUCUAUCUAUCUAUCUAUCUAUCUAUCUCAGUUUGUUUAUAUCUAUCUAUCUAUCUAUCUAUCUCUCUCUCUCCCUCUCUCUCUCUAUCUAUCUAUCUAUCUAUCUCAGUCUGUUCUAUCUCUCUCUCACUUUUUUUCUUUCUAUCUUUCGAUCAACCGGGACUUACGGCCAUGUCACUCUUUUCAUAUCUAUCUAUCUAUCUGUCUAUCUAUCUAUCUCUCAUUCUGUUCAUAUCUAUCUAUCUAUCUAUCUAUCUAUCUAUCUAUCUAUCUAUCUAUCUAUCUUAGUCUGUUCAUUAUCUAUCUAUCUAUCUAUCUAUCUAUCUAUUUGUGUACAUCUCUAUAA